CUGGGAACUGGCUGACAGUGUUAAACUGAUUGACUGACAGAAUGAAUAAUUUAAUGUCCACCUGAGACGGUUACUAUUCUAAAAUCAAGAGAAGGAGUGUCUGUUCAACCGGUUUAUACUACUUCUGACUUAUUCUAGUCUUAUUUUUGACCAGGGAGUCUUGACAUCAGAGCUUGGGUGAGUUUCUCUGGGUGUUUGUUGUGUAAAAUAUUUUUGUAUGAUUCUUUACUGUUUGUAGAAGUGAGCAACCAUUAUGCGUAAAUGCGAAAGAAACUGCAUUGCGUUUUAAUGUUAAUAUGGACAAAUAGUUCAUAUCAGUUUUCAUCUUUAGUUUCAUCAUUCAGUAAAUUAGAUUGAAGCAUGGUUUGAAAUGUUAGUUUUUAUAAUGUACUGGCCAGGGUAACCUUACACUUGUCUAUUAGAUGUCAUGUCAAAUGUUCAUCUCACUUUUCCUGUUUAUUGUUUGCACUCUGUUUAGUGUUGCCAAUGGCAGAGGAUUAACUACUAGGUAAAAUUGUUUCACAAAAUGUUUUUCAGUUAAUAACACUGCUUAAAAUGAAAUUUCAGAUUGAAUGAUAGAAACAGACUUUUUGAAGCUUAGGUGUCUUAACUGAGUGUCUGUAUCAUGGAAGCAAAGCGAGUGAAGAGGGAUGUUAAAGCUUUGCUUGGUGAAUACAUUGGACAAAGACUUAGAGAAAAUGGUUUUGAUCCAAAGGGGAAAGGCACCUCUACCAUGUUAGAUGAUCUGGCACAUUAUGACUUGGCUAUAAGUGUGGCUUUGUGGUGGCUCAAUAAAGAGAAUGGGAAGAAUGCAGCAGAGAAUGAUGUCACAGGAAUUGGUAGUCCAGGACACACUCAGUACCCUAACCACCUGGAAAGAGAAGCAAUGAUUCUUUCAUCUUUUGCAGGAAUGCUUCUGAACAGUUUACCUAUCCAAGAUAUUCUGUCUUUGUAUAACUGCAAGCCAUCUGCAUUACACCCUCAGAACCACAGUAAGGGCAAUAUUGUUCAUCCAUUCUCCCUUUCCUAUCAUCCAUUUGCAAUGCUUGGUUCAUUCAAAGCGGUGGACCACUCAAGAAAACACACCUUAAUGCUGAAACGGCAAAUGAAGGAGCAGAGUAAACAGAAUGUGUCUGCAGGAACUGAGACAUCCUCCACAUCGUCCUCUUCUUGCUCAUCAUUUAGUGGCAGUGAAGAUUCUUUAAAAGAUGAAACAGAACUCUAUGAAGGAUCUCAAGAAUCUCUGCAGGACUGAAGACACAUAUAGCAAUCUAAACAAACUUUUGUUUGUUUAUUUAGAGACGGUCUGUACAUCAUGUAGCUUUAUAUGUUCAGUAAAAAAGACUUU